AUCAGCACUUCCUCCCUUCUAGGGCAGCUGGUUCCGGGCUGGCGGGAGGCAGGCACAGCAAGCACAGCAGGCACUGGAAGCACAGCAACAAUCCAGCACUGCUCCUGCAGCGUGGGCACCCACACCUCUCCCACCCGGCACCAGGCACAAGUGCACUUCAACUAGGGCCGAGAAUUUACAAAGCUGCUGCGAGGAUGUUUAAAAAAGUCACCCAAAAAAUAGCAAAGCAAAUGGAUCCAAAAGGAGACCUGGUCCCCGUUCACAGCAUCUCAGAUCAAGACCACUUCAGACUCCUUUGCCUCGUUAGAAGGAAAAGGAAAGCCAGAUUCCACCCAUUCCCCUGCUACAGACGGACAGAAUACCGGCUCCAAGACGUGCUGCUGCCUGGCAAGGACAAGGACAGUGCUGAGUCCCUCCUUCCCAGCGGAGACAGCCAAGGCCCACGGGAGUUCACAACCACGGGAAGCGUCAGUGACAGAGUGGAUGGGAGCCUGAGCAUCCCCGUUGACGUCGAACUGGGAGGAGCUGCCUCGCUGUCCCAGCAAUGGCACGUCAAGCUGGAAAAGAAGCACAUACUGGUACCGAAACUUGAGGCACUGAGAGAUGAAAGGAAGAUCAACAUGAAGCACGACUUCAUCAAGCAGCUAAGGAAGGCAGGACAGAACUUAUAUGUGGUUCACGAAACGAUAGAGACCUCAGAGGAGGCCAGAUAUGAGGAAUCCACGGAGGCGGAGGCGAGGUUCAUGGCGCGGCUUUACGCCAAGUUCUCUGCUAAGGGCACCACUGGGAGCAAACAGAGCGUAACCAUACCCAGGGGCUGCACCCUGGCCUUCAGGGCGAUGCAGCUGACCAUCAGGGACGCAGCAUGGGGUAUUAACUAUCUCCCCGAGAAUAAUGCAUCAACAUUUGCAUCUGACGGUUUUCCACGCACAAAACUAGAUGCACUGGAGAAAGAAGUUAAGCAGAACUGUGACAUUCUCUCCCACCUGGCUGAUGAGCUGAACGUCAUCGUUGUGAAGUCCAUCAAAGCUGUGAUGAGAGACAGGAACCUCCUUGAAGAGCUGGCUGAGAAGAUGGAAGCAGUCCUCGAUGAACCUGAUAACUGCGAGCUGACAACACAGAGCCCAGACUUAAAAGAUCUGCUCAGCACACUGCAGUUUUCUCCACGUUGUGAUCUCCUCAGCCUGACAGGAGCCAUCUCCUACACCCUGGAUGCCUUCAGUGAGCUAACUGAGGAUCAGCUGCUGCUGCUGCUGGAGUCUUUGGAAAUGAAGAUAGUGCCCCAACAGCUUAAACUGGUGAGGAGCGUCCUGGAGCAGCGGGAGGAGCGCGGCAGCACGGCCGCCAGUUUGCUGUCCUCCUUCGGGGCGCGGGAGCUGGAGCUGAGCCGGGCGGUGCUGGAGAGGAGCGGCGCGGAGCUGCAGGGAAGCGGAGCCGCUGCUUGCAAAGAGGAAAACUUCCCGGCCCUGGCGGCUCUGUACGCAGCCCUGUACGCGCUGCACCGCCUGAAAGCGUCGGGAUAGGAGACGUGGGUCCUCCCGUUAGGGCUGACUGAAGGGGAAUUACUUCUUAUGAUUGAAAAGCAAUUACACCGAGUUUCUGUCCUCAA